AUGGCGAACUACCACGGCCGCAAGGCACCCAACGUGUCCCAAUACAUCCGAGACCUGAACGCUAUCAGUCCCCAGGACAACUCCCCUCGCGAUGAGGGCUUCAACCUGGACGAUGAACUGUUCACCUUCACCAACACACAUUUCUUUGACCUAGACUCUGGUCAGAACACCGACUUCCAGGCGCCGCCCGCCAAGCCGGACCCUGCUGCGACAGCUGCGGCAGAGGAUCCGGCUUCGGUUAUGGGGGAUAUUUCAAACAUGGACUUUAUGAAUGGGGAAUUCAACUUUGGCGACUUCAACGCCUAUCAGGCUCCUGCCAUGGGUGCCUUCCCCCCAGCGGAGAACACCCACAGCUUUCAGCCUGUCCAACCCAGCCAUGGCCCAGCCUACCCGGGUCAGGCCCACCCAACACAGCCGUCUCAGCUCCAGCAGCCGGCUCCUGUGCGCGCUGGUGACAAGAGGAAGGCCACCGAGAUCACCUCUACUACUAGCACUCCCAGCCACCCUGCCAACCUCGAGGAGGCGUCUCGUGUAGCCGCCGAGGAGGACAAGCGCAGGCGCAACACCGCCGCCAGCGCCCGUUUCCGCAUCAAGAAGAAGCAGCGCGAGCAGGCCCUCGAGAAGUCUGCCAAGGAGAUGAAUGAAAAGGUCGCCGGUCUGGAGAGCCGCGUAUCGCAGCUCGAGACCGAGAACAAGUGGCUCAAGAACCUCCUUGUGGAGAAGAAUGAGGGUAGCGAGGACAUCACAGCUCUCUGGAAAGAGUUCACAAAGCACGCCAGCCGUAGGAGUCAGCCCGAGACUGCUGGCACCGACGGCUAG